AUGUACCUCCCCGCCUCCGCACCCGACCCUCACCCUCUCGACCCAUUGCACGUGGGGGAAAUCAAAGUCGCAUCCGCGACUAUUCUUCGCCAUCUUGGAAUCACAACUAAGGAGGUUCGAUUCAAGGUGAUCGACUUGUACGAACCUUCCAAGGAUGAGACUCUGAAAUAUAUUCAUCACGACGGAGCAGUACCCGACCGCCGGUGCCGGGCUUACUUUCACCAAUUGAAGAGUCCCAUUCUCACAAUUGCUAUUGUCAACAUCACAAGAGGAGUUGUCGAGCGCACAUAUGAUGCCCCUGAAUCACAAGGCCCCGUCGAUUGGGUCGAAUAUGAUCUUGUUCAUAAAGCCUGCUUGUCACACCCGAAGGUUCUCGAGGAAGUGGCCAAGCUGCAGCUUCCCGCUGGCUCCCGCAUCGAGAAUGAUCCCUGGAGCUUUGGUACCGACAACCACAAUGAGCGCCGCCGUCUCUUCCAAUGCUACAUGUAUCUUGCGCUCAACGAUGACCCCCAGGCCAACCACUAUUCCAUUCCCCUCCCUCUCGCCCCCAUCUUCGAUGGACACACCCUUGAAUUGAUCGAGAUACAGCGCCUGCCUACAGGAGAAAACAACGAACUCGAUGAGGAAACUCAACCAUGGAGCCCCACCAGCGCUGUCGAAUACAGUGCUGACCUCAUGGGCCCUGGUGCUUUCCGCAAGGAUCUAAAGCCUCUUCAGGUCCUACAACCACAGGGACCUUCUUUUACAAUUGAAGGGCGCCAUAUUCAAUGGCAAAAGUGGUCUUUCCAACUUGGCUGGAAUAUGCGUGAAGGGCCGGUGCUUCACGAUGUUCGUUAUGACGGUCGCUCUCUAUUCUACCGUGUCUCUAUGAGUGAGAUGACAGUCCCCUACGGUGAUCCUCGCUCGCCAUACCACCGCAAGCAAGCCUUCGAUCUUGGCGACUCUGGUUUCGGUCUCACCUCCAACUCCCUGACCCUGGGUUGCGAUUGCCUCGGUCAUAUCGCCUACUUCAACGGAAUCCGAGUCACAAGCAGUGGAGAGCCUGUAAUUAUGCCAAAUGUGGUCUGUAUGCAUGAGGUUGAUGACGGCAUUGGUUGGAAACACACCAACUUCCGCAACGGGAAAUCCUCCGUUGUUCGCGACCGUCAGCUUGUGGUUCAAUGCACGGCCACUGUCGCCAACUACGAAUAUAUUCUUGCCUUUGUGCUCGAUCAAGCUGCCAACUUGCAUGUUGAUGUUCGGGCGACAGGAAUCGUGUCUACAAUGCCGAUCAAAAAGGGCUUACACGUUCCAUGGGGUACCACUGUAGCACCUGGUGUUCUUGCUGUCAAUCAUCAGCACCUUUUCUGUCUUCGAGUCAAUCCUGCGCUAGACGGACGUAAUAAUACUGUCGUUUAUGACGAUUGCAUUCCUGUGAGAAACAACCCGAAGCUUGAUCCUUUCGGAUGUGCUUUCCAGGUCCAUCAGACGCCAAUCCAACAGCCUGGCGGCUACGAUCUUGACUUGACCAAGAACCGCACAUUCAAGAUGGUGAACGAGUCUAAGAUAAACUCUAUUGCCAACAAGCCUAUCGGAUACAAAUUACAUCCUGUUCCUAGCCAAAUGUUGAUGAUGGGGCCCAAAACCUUUAACCUAAAGCGCGGUGUUUUUAGCACCCACCCCAUCUGGGUCACCAAGUACCAAGAUCAUGAGCUAUGGGCUUCGGGUGAGUUCACCAACCAGAGUCGGGAGGAUACCGGUUUGGCCUAUUGGGCCAAUCGUACCGAGAAUGUUAAGAACGAAGACGUCGUUCUCUGGCACAGCUUUGGUGUUACCCACGUCACGCGAACUGAGGACUUCCCCGUUAUGCCUACUGAAAAGAUGAUGGUGUCCCUGAAACCUGUCAACUUUUUCGAUAUUAACCCCUCCAACGACGUGCCACGGUCCAGCCAGAAUGACAAUAAAUCUUCCCUGCAUCAGAACGAUCCCUCAUGUUGCUCUACCCGCCCAGCUCAUAUUUGA